CACUUGACCUGGUUUGGUCGUUCCGGGCUGCCGUAGCCGUCAUGGCGGUGCUGGUAGCUGUGUUAGCUGUGUUUCUUCUCUGUCUGCUGGUUCUUGUUCGGUUCUAUGCUGUUCUGAAAACUGGAUCCAAAUGUCGCCCCGGAACCAAAGGUCCGGUCGCUGUUCUCAUCGUUGCGGGUUCAGGUGGUCACACCUCAGAGAUCUUACGGCUGAUGGAGUGCCUCAGUGCAGCCUACACACCUCGACACUAUGUUAUCGCUGACACGGACAAGAUGAGUGAGGAGAAAAUCUGCGCCUUUGAACGUUCGAAACCUCCCUCACACUCUGAAUCACAGUUCACCAUCUGUCGGAUCCCACGGAGCAGGGAGGUGCAUCAGUCCUGGUGUUCCUCUAUUAUCAGCACCCUGAACGCCCUGCGCUACUCUCUCCCUCUGGUGUUCAGACUCAGACCUGACAUGGUGCUCUGUAAUGGCCCGGGGACCUGUGUUCCCUUAUGUGUGGCAGGACUCCUGCUUGGAAUUCUGGGAAUGAAGAAAGUCCUGAUAGUUUACGUUGAGAGUAUUUGCCGGGUGCAGACGCUGUCACUCACAGGGAAAAUCUUGUACCCAAUAUCAGACUAUUUCGUUGUGCAGUGGUCCUCUCUGAGGGACAAAUAUCCCAAAUCCAUUUUCCUCGGAAGAAUAGUGUGAAAAUAUGUUACAUGUACGUCUAAAUCAUGUUUGUAAUUCCCAUGAUGAAAUGCUCUGUUUUUUACUGCUGUUAUCAUUUAACAAUCGUGUCUGUGUGACAUUUCACCACCUGAUGUUAUAUUUCAAAAAUAAAAACCUGUUUUUUAAGAUGC